CAAAUAUGAGCUUCUAGAUAAUUCUGGUUGAAUUUAAGAAGGAAAAUAUUUUAUAACUAAGUUUUUAAGUCCAAAAGAAUUUGUGAUGCUCAUUUAAUAAUUUAUAUUCAUAAAUAUUAUGUGUGAUCACAGAAAAAGACAACUCACAUAUGAUGAUUUAGAUAACUCAAAUAUGAUACCUAGAGCACCUCUAAUUAAGUAUUUAUAUAUUUCUAUAAUUAAGACCAUUAAAAGAUUCAUCCAUCUUAAUACCUGAACUAUAAUUAACUUAUGAAAGUCCAAACAACUUUAAAUAGAUUCCAUUAACAAUUAUUUCUGAAGAUGAAAGACUAGAAGGGUUUUAAUUACCAUUAGUGGGUAAACACAUCAAAAAGAGAUAAAGAUUUUAAAGUGAAAAUGUUCGUCAUACAGUCAUAAAUAUGAUGGAAAGACAAUUAUUAAGUAGAAAAUCUUCAAAAAUACAAAUAGAAAGCAAUAUAUUUUGA